AAUCGCGACGGCGACGACCGCAGUCCCGCAGUGCGGCAUUCAGGUGCUCGUCGUUCGCGGAGCAGCGCGCGCAGUCCAGCGGAGCCUCGCGGAGCGACUCCUUGAGCAACCCGAGCGCGCCGAACACGCUGGAGCCGGCCAGCCAGUCCAGCGCCUCGCCCUCGGCGCGCACAGUGCCGCUUGCCAGUGCCCCGCGACCAGCCGCGCUUGUCUAGCUCGUCUAGUGCCCCGCCGACUUCGGACGUCGACCGACGUCGACCCAUCGCGAUGUGGGGAGGAGAGUCCCUGUCGUGGGUCGCGGCGCUGCUGACGGGCGCCGCGCUGCGCAAGGGCAAGGAGAGCCUCAACGAAGCCCCCUACCGAGCAGGCACGAGGAACACGUUCACGGCGCGGUGGCAGCGAUGGCUGGUGCGCGGCUUUGUGGCGCUGGUCGGCGUCCUGGUGGUGCGGCCCUUCACCUACCUCACGUACUUGGCGACGCCCCGCAAGCGGCUGCCGCCCAUCGACAACCCCAUCCUCACGAUGCAGGCCCAGGACAUCGCCAGGGCCGUGCGCACCCGGAAGCUCCGCGCCGAGGACGUGGUGACGGCGUUCGUGGACAGGAUAAACGCCGUGAACCCCGUGGUGAACGCCGUGGUGGACCAGCGCUUCACCGACGCGCUGCGCGACGCCAAGGACAUCGACGCUAGGCUGGACGCCGGGGAUGAGAGUCUCAAGGACCUGCCGCUGCUCGGCGUGCCCAUCACCGUCAAGGAGUCCAUCGCCGUCAAAGGCAUGUCCUUCAGGGGCGGCAUGCCUUGCCGGGAGGGCGAGGAGCGGUGCGCGGACGCCGACGCCGAGACCGUCGCCAGGCUGCGCGCCGCGGGGGCAGUGCCACUGUGCGUCACCAACACGCCCGAGGCGUGCCUGUGGUGGGAGUCCUUCAACGACUACACCGGCAGCACCCGCAACCCCUACGACUCCAGGCUCACGGCGGGCGGCUCUUCCGGUGGCGAGGGCGCGCUGCUCGGCUCCGCGGCCUCCGUGUUGGGCGUCGGCUCGGACGUCGCUGGGUCCUGCCGGCUGCCUGCCUACUUCUGCUGCGUCGCCGGCCACAAGCCGACUCCAGGUGUGGUGCCCUGGCUCGGCCACGCCCCGGAGUGCGACGACCCCAAGUGGCCCGACUUCUUCACGCAGGCGCCCAUGGCCCGGUACGUCGCUGACCUGCCUCUCGCCCUCAAGGUGCUCGCCGGCGACAAGGCGGCCGAACUGCGGCUCGACGAGAAGGUGGACCUCAAGUCCGUGCGCGUGCUCUACAUCGAGUCGGAGCCGCCGACGUCCGUGUCGGACGCCGUGACCGGCGAGGUGCGCGCGUGCAUGACGCGCGCCGUGCAGCACCUCCGCGCGCAGGGCCUGGACGUGCAGCCCCUCAAGCUGGCGGGGCUGGAGGACGCGUUCUUCUCGGGCGCGCUGCUGAUGCUGCAGCUUCGCCGCGUGCGCACGGUGCACUUCGACCCGCAGCGGCCCGAUUCGCUGCACCUGGCCUGGUCCGAACUGUUCCGCUUCCUCACCUGCCGCUCCAAGUGCACGCUGCACUCCGUGGUGGCCGGCGUGCUGUUCUACUUGGCGCGCUUCACGCCGCAGAGCGUGCUGCGGAAGGCGGACGCGCACCGCACGCUGCUGCUGGCCCGCCUGCAGGCCGCGCUGGGCCAGGACGCCGUGCUGCUGUACCCCAGCAUGCCCGCGCCCGCGCACCGCAUCGGCCUGUUCUGGCGGCGCCUGCUCAACACGUCCUACUUCAUGAUCUUCAACCUGCUCGGCAUGCCCGUGACGCAGGUGCCGUUCGGGCUCGGGACGACGUCGGGGCUCCCCGUCGGACUCCAGGUGGCAGCCAACAGGUACCAGGACAGACUGUCGCUCAGCGUGGCCAGGGAGCUCGAGACAGCGUUCGGGGGAUGGGUACCGCCUCACUGCAAAGCGUGAAAGCUUGGAUGGAUGCAUACUGUUCCUGAAGUAGCAGGAAAACUACCUGACUGGUGAACAAUGUGAUACUGCAGCAGAAUAUGAGUAUGUCUCUGUGGAGCAAAAGAUUGUCUCGGAGUGGUCAGUGACCAGUCUCCUCGGGACGAGGAGGCUCGGGAGCCCCUUGUGGGAGUCCCGAGCUGUAUUGUAAAUCUGUAAAUAAGCAAGUGACUGUAAAUAUAAAGUAAACCUAACUGCGAUGCAAAUAGUGUAAGUCUUUGAUUUAUUAAUUGUUAAAUACAGAAUAAAUGAUCAGUUCUGAAACCGCCCCCGA